AUGCUGGUCUGCCAGGCACUGGACUGCAUCUCCAACAAAAAGAAGCAGACACUGCCCUGCUCCCUGGGCCCCGACGGCCGCGACGCCGACGCCACCUUCAGCGACGGGCAGGUGGAGCUCCUGUCCCUGGAUGACAUCCCAGAAACCAGCCAGGCCAAGGUGGACACCAGGAGCACCCAGCACUCUGCUGCCGUGACCAUCGUUCCCCUGACCCCGAUGUCCCUGGAGGCCCCGGAGGAGGGGGAGAAGGAGGAGGGUCCCCUGAUGAGCAGCUCCGGGACCCGCGCCCAGCCCUGGCUCCAUGGUGGCCGUGGUGAGGGCACUGAGCUUCGGCGAGGAGGCAGGUGCUGCAGGAGCUGCUGAUGAUGGUGAUGAUGGUGAUGAAGCUGAUGACAUUCCCGGGGCUCUGGGGGAUGACAUGGAAGUGGCUCCGGUCCCCCAGGAACACGUCGAGGCUCAGAGGGUCUGUGUGGGCAGGGCC